AUGUACAGGGGGGGUCGCGAUAUAGUGCUACCCUGUGUCAGUGGGCCGAAAACGGCACUAUAUCGAACCAGGCACUGCAAGAUACUGAGAUUCACGCCUUUUUUGCAGCAACUUGCUUGCAUCACUGCUCAGAAAGACCGCUCGCAGGACGCCGCCAUCACUCAUACUUUACAUCUUCACUACACAGACUCCCGUCUAUUCAAGCAUUUCUGCUAUUAG